UUUCCAGGGGUAGACUUAUUUUAAAGGAAAAAAAAAGACCAGAGGAGAUUUGUAGAAAACGACUGGCGAGACAAUUUGGCUAAUAAAUAAGCCAGAGGAACCAAUUAAUUUAAGGCAUACCUCUUUCGUUAUACAAUCAAAAUGAGUUCCUCAAGAGCACUAAUAUUCUUCACUCUUUCAAUUUUCAUACACCAUCUGAUCACUCCCAAUGACGCCGAGCAAGGUUGCACGUCAGAAGCCGAAUACUGCUGGGUCUGUUCUGAUGUUGGCAAUUACAGUGCCACCAGCAUCUACGGAGAAAACCUCAACAAACUCCUCACCUCCAUAUCUUCAUCGCCAUCCAACGGCCAAAACUUCAACGGUUUUUACAACACUUCUUUGGGACAAAACCCCAACAAAGUUAAUGCGAUCGCCCUAUGCCGAGGAGACCUCACGGCAGAAAAGUGCCAAAGUUGCUUAAACGAUUCUAAUUAUGGGCUGCUGGAGCGUUGUCCCAAUAGAAAGGAGGCAAUCUUAUGGUAUGAGAAAUGUAUGCUACGUUACAGCUCGAGGGACUCGAUAUUUUCUGCUGAGGAAAAGGAACCGAGCAAGGAGGUACCGAGCCCGCAACCAACAUCAAACGCACAACAGUUCAAACAGACACUGAAGCCGUUGCUGGAUGACCUAACAAAUAAAGCCUCAUCGGGUGAUUCGCUGAAAAAAUAUGCUCAUGGAAAUGUAACGGUGCCGGAUGCCGAAUCCAUAUUUGCGCUUCUUCAAUGCACCCCGGAUUUGAGCCAGAAAGAAUGCAGUGACUGCCUACAAAACGCCACCUCAAUGAUUCCAGGAUGUUGUGAAGGAAAGCAAGGGGCGAGAAUUUUGAAACCGAGUUGUAAUCUCAGGUAUGAAUCCGGACCUUUCUACGAUUCUAACGACGCACCACAAUCUGCCGGCACUUGUACGGACGAGGCCGAGUAUUGCUGGAGUUGUUCCGACGUUAGCAACGACACUAGUAUUGGCACUUACGAGGAGAGUCUCAAAAGUCUCUUAUUCUCCUUCUCCUCCUCUAACAACACCCAAAAUCAAGCCGGGUUUUACAAUUCUUCUCUAGGAGAAACUCCGGACAGAGUUUACGCAAUUGCCUUGUGUAGAGGGGAUCUGUCACAGGAAGAUUGCCGUAAUUGCGUCAAUACCUCAAGUGAAAGGCUCAUAUUUAGGCGUUGCCCAGGUAGAAGGGAGGCCGUAUUAUGGCACGAGCGUUGUAUGGUGCGGUUCUCUAACAAGUCCAUAUUCUCAGUCAAAAUCGAUGACCCAAGGUUGAAUGUUAAGAGCAAAUAUAAAGUGUGGAAUCGAGAUCUGUUCAGCCUUACGCUUAAGCCCUUGUUGAACAAUCUAACUAGUACGGCUGCGUCGGGGGAUUCUCUAAGCAAGUACGCAUCGGGAGAAUCUACCGUUCCAGGCUACGAAAAGAUAUAUGCGACGGCACAGUGUACUCCUGAUCUGGACAAGCAACAGUGCAGUGAUUGCCUCGAAAAUGCUAACUUGUUCAUUCCACAGUGUUGCGAUGGACUUAAUGGGGCAAGACUUCUGAAACCCAGUUGUAAUUUGAGGUACGAGGUGACACAAUUCUAUGCAGCUACAGAUGAUGAUCAUUCAUCAGUACUGUUAACUAAAGAAGGAAAGAGUAAUCAAACAACAAUUACUGUUGUUGCUGCUGUUGUUCCAACUGUUAUUGUCGCGGUGCUCGUCGGCGUAUGCAUUUUCUUAAAGUUGAGGAAGCCUGGUCAAGAAAAGCUAAGAACUAAUUCCGAGGAUAUUAUCAUGGCGGAAUCUUUGCUAUAUGAUUUUGACACUAUAGCAGCUGCCACAGACGACUUUUCAGAAGAAAACAAGCUUGGAGUAGGUGGAUUUGGAGCGGUUUACAAGGGACAAUUAUCAGAUGGAGAAUAUAUUGCCGUGAAAAGGCUUUCCAAGACUUCUAGCCAGGGUGAUCAAGAAUUUAAAAAUGAAGUUGUGUUAGUUGCCAAGCUUCAACACCGAAAUUUAGUCAGACUCCUUGGCUUUUGCUUGAAGGAAAAGGAAAGACUUCUCGUUUAUGAAUACGUGCCUAAUUCCAGCCUUGAUAGAUUCAUUUUUGAUCCAACCAAGCGUCCUAGUUUUGAUUGGGAUACGCGUUAUAAAAGUAUUCAAGGCAUUUCUCGUGGAUUGAUUUACCUUCAUGAAGAUUCCCGCUUGAGAAUUAUCCAUCGAGAUCUCAAAGCUAGUAACAUUUUGCUAGAUGAAGAAAUGAACCCUAAGAUUUCAGAUUUUGGAAUGGCAAGGUUAUUUGUGUUUGAUCAGACGCAAGACAAUACAAGUCAAAUCGUUGGGACCUAUGGAUAUAUGGCUCCAGAGUAUGCAAUGCAUGGGCAAUUUUCUAUUAAGUCUGAUGUGUUUAGUUUUGGAGUCUUACUUCUGGAAAUAGUGAGUGGACAGAAGAAUAGCUCUCUUAAUAGGAAUGGAGAAGACGUGGAGGACCUUCUGACCUAUGCAUGGGCAAAUUGGAAGGAUGGAACUGCUUCAAAUAUAGUAGAUACCGCGCUAUCAGGUGGUACAACAAGCGAAAUAAUGAGAUGCAUACAUAUUGGAUUGCUAUGCGUACAAGAAAAUAUAACUGACAGACCAACCAUGAAUUCAGUUGCUCUCAUGUUUAUCAGUCGGUCUCUCACUCUAGCAGUUCCUUCAAAACCAGCAUUCUAUAUGCGAAGUACGGAAGGACCAAACAUGUCAUUAGCAUCUAAUGUUUCGGGAUCAAAUAAUUCCAGCAGUGGUCCUGUUGAAGGUUCAAGAAAUGAGGCAUCAAUAUCUGAACUCUAUCCUCGCUAGUAUCAUUUGGGACUUGAGUCUUUAUAUUUUGAAUCAUUUGUGAACUAUGGAUUUCAUUUUUGUCAUGUUUUUAUUAU